GAGCCGGGCGGCGGGGCGGCCGCGCAGUGUCCGGGAUCCAGGCCUGGCAGGGGCUGUGCGCGCGGCUGGCCGGCUCAGCCAGCACCGGUGUCGGCUCCCGAGUGGGGCCUCGCUCGGCUCCCCCCAUGUGACGGCACCCCGUGGAGCCUGAGCGAGCAGCGGGUCCGUGCGGAGCCGGAGGCGGGAGGAACAUGACAUCGCGGAGAUGGUUUCACCCCAACAUCACUGGUGUGGAGGCAGAGAAUCUCCUGCUGACCAGAGGCGUCGACGGCAGUUUUUUAGCACGGCCCAGUAAGAGUAAUCCCGGAGACUUCACUCUAUCUGUUAGAAGAAAUGGAGCCGUUACCCACAUCAAGAUUCAGAACACUGGGGACUAUUAUGACCUCUAUGGCGGGGAGAAGUUUGCCACCUUGGCAGAACUGGUCCAAUAUUACAUGGAGCAUCAUGGGCAGCUGAAAGAGAAGAAUGGAGAUGUUAUUGAGCUCAAGUACCCACUGAACUGUGCAGACCCUACCUCUGAAAGGUGGUUCCAUGGUCACUUGUCUGGAAAAGAAGCAGAGAAACUGCUAACGGAGAAGGGUAAGCAUGGCAGCUUUCUUGUUCGAGAGAGCCAGAGCCACCCUGGAGACUUUGUUCUCUCUGUCCGCACUGGUGAUGACAAAGGGGAGAGCAACGAUGGCAAGUCCAAAGUGACGCACGUCAUGAUCCGCUGUCAGGAGCUGAAAUACGAUGUUGGUGGAGGAGAGCGCUUUGAUUCUUUGACAGACCUGGUGGAGCAUUACAAGAAGAACCCCAUGGUGGAGACUCUGGGUACAGUCCUGCAGCUCAAGCAGCCCCUCAACACAACUCGUAUUAAUGCUGCUGAAAUUGAAAGCCGGGUUCGAGAGCUAAGCAAGCUAGCUGAGACCACAGAUAAAGUCAAACAGGGCUUUUGGGAAGAAUUUGAGACGCUACAGCAACAGGAAUGCAAACUUCUCUAUAGCCGAAAAGAGGGACAGAGACAAGAAAAUAAAAACAAAAAUAGAUACAAAAACAUCUUGCCCUUUGAUCACACCAGGGUCGUCCUACACGACGGGGAUCCCAACGAGCCCGUUUCUGAUUACAUCAAUGCAAACAUCAUCAUGCCUGAAUUUGAGACCAAAUGCAACAAUUCAAAACCCAAAAAGAGUUACAUUGCCACUCAAGGCUGCCUGCAGAACACGGUGAAUGACUUCUGGAGGAUGGUGUUCCAGGAGAACUCUCGAGUCAUCGUCAUGACCACAAAGGAAGUGGAGAGAGGGAAGAGCAAAUGUGUCAAGUACUGGCCUGAUGAGUAUGCACUCAAAGAAUACGGGGUCAUGCGUGUUCGGAACGUCAAAGAAAGUGCUGCUCAUGACUACACUUUAAGAGAACUCAAACUCUCCAAGGUUGGACAAGCUCUACUCCAGGGAAAUACAGAGAGAACCGUCUGGCAGUACCACUUUCGGACCUGGCCGGACCAUGGUGUACCCAGUGACCCUGGAGGUGUUCUGGACUUCCUGGAGGAGGUCCACCACAAGCAGGAAAGCAUCAUGGAUGCAGGCCCUGUCGUGGUUCACUGCAGUGCUGGAAUCGGCCGGACAGGAACAUUCAUUGUGAUUGAUAUCCUUAUUGACAUCAUUCGAGAGAAAGGUGUGGACUGUGACAUCGACGUUCCUAAAACCAUUCAGAUGGUGCGGUCCCAGAGGUCAGGGAUGGUCCAGACAGAAGCACAGUACCGGUUCAUCUACAUGGCCGUCCAGCAUUACAUUGAAACACUGCAGCGUAGGAUCGAGGAGGAACAGAAAAGCAAAAGGAAAGGACAUGAAUAUACCAAUAUCAAGUAUUCCCUGGUGGACCAGCCGAGCGGGGACCAGAGCCCUCUGCCACCCUGCACCCCAACACCACCCUGUGCCGAAAUGAGGGAGGACAGCGCUCGGGUUUACGAGAAUGUGGGCCUCAUGCAGCAGCAGAGGAGUUUCAGAUGAGCCCCACGGAGGCAGCACAUGCGAACAUUCACCCCUUCCCUAAAAAUGUCAAGAAUAGACAGAAAGUUUCCAAGACCCACGCGUUCAGAAGCUUGCCGGGGUUGACUGACUGCCUUUUGAGAAGCGAAGUUUGGAACCAUUUGAAGAGCGCGUGUCUAAUCAGCACCUUCUUUCCUUGGCUAAGGAGAAAACGCUCUACGUUGUCAACAGUGCUAUUUUCAUAGAAUUGGUUUUGAGUUGUGGAAGUAGCUAAAUUGUGCUCUGUAUUUUACACAUUAUGGGACUCAAAUUCUAGUUAUGGGCAGGAUUUUGUUUCUUUUUAUGACCUUAACAGAUCUGAUUUUUUUUU